AAUGAAUAACACAAUUUUUGUUUUACAAAUUGCUUUAGCAUCACCCUAUAUAUUAAAUCUAUGAAUCACAUCAAAAAUUCACAACAGAACAAAAGAACUCAUCAUGUCUUCAAUGAGUAGUGUUGAACCACAAAACCUUCAUGUAAUCUUUUUCCCAAUGAUUGGCCAUGGUCAUAUGAUCCCAAUGUUAGACAUUGCAAAGCUAUUUUCCAGCCAUCAAGUCAAGACCACCAUAGUAACCACCCCUAGCAACGCACCAACUUUUACAAAGCCACUAGAGAGCUAUAGAAACGUCGGCCCGAAAAUCGAUAUAGAGAUCAUCCCGUUUCCCUCCAAGGAGACUACUUGCCUUCCUGAGGGAGUAGAGAAUUUCGAGCACGCAACUUCCCCGGAACUCGUGGCGAAACUGUGGAAGGCAACCUUGUUACUUCAAAAACCGCUCAGGGUAGUGUUAGAAAAAUACAAACCUAAUUGCUUGAUUGCGGACAAGCUAUUCGCAUUUGCAACCGAAGUUGCAGCCGAAUUUAAUAUACCAAGGUUAGUGUUUCACGGGACAGGCUUCUUUUUGCUAUGUGCAUUAGACGCUAUAACGAAAUUCGAGCCGCAUAAAUCGGUUUUAUUUGAUGAGGAAGAGUUUGUUAUCCCGCACCUUCCACAUGAAAUAAAAUUGACAAGAUUAAAAUUGCCUCAACAUAUUCGAGAAAAUGAUAAUAAUAAUGAGUUGGUGGAAUUUCUUAAAAGUGCUGUUGAAUCAGAGGAAAGAAGUUAUGGGGUUAUAGUGAAUAGCUUUUAUGAGCUAGAACAAGAUUAUGCUGAUCAUUAUAGGAAGGUUAUGGGUAGAAGGGCAUGGCAUAUAGGUCCGGUUUCGCUAUGUAAUAAAGAAAAUGAAGCUAAAUUUUAUAGGGGAAAGGGUUCAUCAAUUGAUGAACAUGAGUGCUUAAGAUGGCUUGAUUCUAAGAGGGAAAGUUCGGUUGUGUACGUGUGUUUUGGCACCUUGUCCAUGUUUUCGACGUCUCAGCUUCGUGAGAUAGCAAUGGGACUAGAGGCCUCGGGGCAGGAAUUCAUAUGGGUGGUGAAAGGGAGCAAGGAUAAUGAAAAGGAAGACGAGUGGCUGCCUAAGAAAGGACUAAUUAUAAGGGGUUGGGCGCCACAAGUGUUAAUACUAGAUCACAAGUCGAUAGGAGGAUUCGUGACUCAUUGUGGGUGGAAUUCGAUUCUAGAAGGCGUGUCUUGUGGGAUUCCUAUGGUCACUUGGCCUAUAUUUUCGGAGCAAUUUUACAAUGAGAAAUUGGUAACAGAGAUUUUGAGGAUUGGGGUUGGUGUAGGGGCAAAGGAAUGGAGCAGGACCGUGGAUGACGCGAAUGUAAAAUCGGAAGAAAUUAAUGAGGCCAUAACAAGAGUAAUGGUUGGUGAUGAAGCUUUAGAGAUGAGAAGCAAGGCUAAGUAGCUAAAAGAAAAGGCAAGGUUGGCUAUAGAUGUUGGAGGUUCAUCUUACUCUGACUUGAGUUCCUUGAUACAACAACUACGUUCUUAUCACUUGGCCUAAUAACAUUUUUUUGACUUCAAGUAACAAAAUGUAAUAUGGCUGCAUAUUACGUUGCAUGUUUGCCUAUUUGAAAUUCUUGUGUGAUUGUGUGAGUGUUUGUGUGUGGGUUGAGUUUACAUGCUCACAUGUGCGUGCUUGCUUGUAUGUUCGUCUUACAGUUUGUAAUAAUACUUUUAUUAGUUGUUACAACGGUUGUUAGUUUGUUAGUAUGUAUUUUUUUGUCUUAACCAUACUUUGCUCACACGAGCGAAGGCAGAUCCAAG